AUGCAUGCAGUGUUUACAAAUUAUGCUGCAUUUUCAUGUACAGUACCUGCACCGGUAGCUAUACCUUGGCGUAAACGUACAAGGACCACUGUCCGUAAGCUGUAAGGAGAAAGUUUUUGUCCUCAUGCAAUUCAUAUGUCGGUUGCUGAAAUUCUUCCCUUUUUCCACCCGGAAUUGGGAUAUACAUUGCACACACACACAUCGGUACCUGCACAUUCACCGGUAACUGCACGACCUGUACAUGCGAGAAUGGCUAUCCAUUAGGCUUGUUUUAUACACAAUUUGCAUAUUCAAAUUAAUAAAAUCAGUGUUUCCAUACAUGUAACUGUACACAUUUUAAAUGUGUGGAAUCAUUUGUCCAAUCAGCACCUCACAGCUGGCUGGAGUCCAAUCAGAAUCACGAAUAGGGCCCCCCUUACGUGUUUGUACGUGUAGAUCUACAGGGUAUCCACUCGAUCAGCACCCAGGAAGUUUCAGUUAUGCCCAGCUCACUUUCUUUCACAGCAAUCUAAUUUCUUUGUGUGUGCAUUUGGAGGGGGGAAAUCACCAAUUGGCUGUAGUCUUUUGUUUGGUCAUUUAUGAGGACAAGCAUGACCCGAGUCAGGCCAGCCAGUGCCUGUGCCUGUCGCCAAUCUCUUUGUCUCAUUGAGUGGUGGACUCUGUCAUUUAUCAUAUAUCCAUCCCUUCAUGUAUUCACCCAUGUUCAUUGUCCACUUAAAACGGAGCAUCCAAUCAUUUAUUUCAUAGUGUGUGUUUCGAUCCUGUGGCCUGUGUUGACAAGUGUAUUGAGCCAUCGUGUGCUUGUUCUGUGGACAUCAGUUCUAUUGAUUGGUGGAUGGGAGCUUUUAUUGGUUUGUGUGCGCUAUUGUCAUGUGCCAGACUGUUGUGACGUACGGCCCUGCUCAAUCCUUUUAAUAGCCCUCCAGUUUAGUGUUAUGUGUCAGUAUCGUACAUCAUAUUAUGUCCACCAAACAUGCCACCAGUAUAUUCAGUCUGGCAAGAUAAAAAAGUUCAAGGCAGAUCCUCGUACCCUGGGCUACAGAAUGAUGCAAGCAGGUCAGCCCGGAGGGGGUGCAGCACCGAAUGACAUCCCACCUAUCCAGGCCCUCUACAUGGCCGCCGCCAGCCAGCUCCAAUCCCCCAUCACCGUCUCGGCCAAGGAGGAGGAGGACACGGAUGAGAGCCUUCCGCCCAGCGGCAAGGACUGCUACGGCAACGAGAGGCAGACACUGGGCGAUAUGGCGCGCUUCUUCAACAAUGCGCUGCUGAGUGACAUCAAACUGCGGGUGGGCUUUGAGUGCUACAGCGCCCACAAGCUGAUCCUGGUGCGGUCCAGUGAGGUCUUUGAGAGAAUGUUCAGUUCGGAGUGGACGGACCCCAAUAAGAUGGAAGUUGAGCUGGUUGAGGAACCNGAGUGUUGUGACGUAUUUGAGGCAUUUCUCAAGUUUCUGUAUAGCUGUCAUAUUGUCCUGACUGUGGAGAAUACCCUUCCCAUUCUCAUGCUUGCCGACAAGUAUAAUGUGAGCGACCUGCGACUCGUCUGCAUCAACUUUGCCACCAAGAGCAUCAUCCCCAAGUUGCCGCUCAAGGAUGUGUUUCAUGUCUGGUACCAGUACGCCACCAAGUGCUACCACCACCGUCUCAUCACCUCCUGCAUUGCAGCCCUGUCGCCCAAGGCCGAUGACAUCAUGUCCCUGCCCGAGUGGAACAUGGAGUGGCUGGCCUUGGACGUGGAACAGCUGACGCAGUUCCUGAAAAGCUCCGACCUGACCAUCCGCAACGAGCUGACCCUGUUCCGCGCCCUGGUCAAAUGGAUUGAGUCGCCCAAGCACCCCGAGCGCCAGAGCAAGCAGAAGGAGCUGCUGCAGCAGUUCAUCCAGUACAUCCGUUUCCCGAUGAUGACCCCAGAACAGCUGGAGUAUCUGGAGAAGCACCGUGUGGUGGAGCAGAACCCAGAGAUGUUUGUACCUUACCUCCUGCAGGCCUACAAGUUCAACGCUGUCAGUUUGGAAGCUAGGUCCAGUAACAAGGAUUUUGCCUCCUCCAGGUUCCUGCUGCGCAACUACACCGACCUCCGUUGGGACAAGCGCAUCGUCCUGUCGGGAUACUCCCACUUCGGGAGGCUCUCGGAGGUCAUGCCACGCUUCUCCACCCGGUCUUCCUCCUACCCCCACACCAGCUGGGACUGGGAGUUGAAGAUCUACCCCAAGGGCUCAUCCACAAACAACGAAGAUUUCCGCGUCGUGCUCUACUCUAACGUGGUGCUGGAUCUACCCCGGCCCAUGGAAUACAUGAUCUCCAUGGUGAAUAAUGAAAACGUGUUGGUGUCUGUGGCAGGAAAGAAGAACUUCACCAAGUCAAGGUACACUGCUGACUCUGAUCUGGACAAGAAGGUCUCAGUGGACGAGCUGUCUUCACCGAAUUCCCGCUUUUUGGUGAACGAUAAUGUCGUACUGCAGGUGAUGGUCAAGCCACUGCAGUGACUUAUUGUCGAAGAAGAAGUUGAAAGGAAAUUGGUUUGCAGCAGAUGACAGAUUCUCCUAGACCCUUGCUAAAAAAGUAAAUUAAAAUAAAAGAUUAAAAAUAAAAAGACAGAGUCAUCUAAAAACCCAAAGAGCUAUAUGGAUUUCUAUACCUGUGCAUGUGUGUUCGUUGUGUGUCAGCCAGACUUUCACUGUGGUCAGUCAUUGGAUGUUUGUGCAGUCAUCACAAAGUUUGUGUUGGAACUGUGACAACUUGAGAAAUGCAAAGUUACGAACCACUUGGCAUGAACUUUGUUUAGACUUAACAAGAAGAUUGCCAGUAUUUUUGGCCGGGGCUGUAGUGCAAAUGAAUGGAAGAACUUUAUUUCAUUCAGUGCGACUGGCAUGAACUACUGUAUGUGAAUUGUGCACUAGACAUCAUGGCUCGUUCCAGAUUGUACAUUGUGUGUGUUGAGACCAUUGUUCUCUUGGACUGCCGUGCAUUUACCGAGUAUGCAUGAAGCCACUCACAAGACUGUGUCAACAGCUGCGUGUAAUACAUUGUGUCUUGCCAUGCAGUACAUGUAUUUCCUGCAUGUACAUGUACACUUGACCUGAGGACUGUUUGAUUGUUUGAACUACUCUACAUGUAUGUGACGAGGAGAAGCUGACAACGUAUUGAAAUUGUCUUGUCUGCAUAUGUAGUUGCUGAUUUCCAGUGUGUGAAACUGUUGUCUUCUUGCAACCUGAAUUUUCACUCAGGAACUACGUGUGAAAAAAGACAUAUGGAGUGCAUAGCUUCAGGUGUUACGCUUAAUAAAGGUUGUGAUUUAUUUUUGUAAUGCAAGAGUCACACCGGUAAGUUAUUCAUGUUAUGGUGUGAACUCCUCCCGAAAGAAAUAGGUAAUUGUUGGUAGUAUUAAUGUUUUAAAUGAUUGUCGCUUUGUGAGUAUAAUUGUUUUGUCGCUGUAUGUGUAUUUUGAAACUUUGUUGACAACAACACAUGAUUGUUGCUGGUUGAUCUAAUUUCAAUUUUUAUUUUGAGAAGAGAAAUUUAGCAUACUGUAUGUGCAAUUGAUUUGUAAUUUUCAGAAUUACUCACUGGAAUGCUUAAUUGCAAAUUCAAAUUUCCCACUUCCAUUUUUGCACAUGGCUUUCUUAAAAAGCACAAACAUGUUUUAAAAAAUGUUUAUCCAAUAGUCUUUGAAUCUCAUAAACAUCAUCAUGCACCCUCUGUAAACCUUGAAUUUUGGUUUGGUCAUUGAAAUGUAGUUGAACUUGACUGUCAGAACAUUGGGUUGUAUUCAGAAUGAAGCACUGUAAAAACAUCCUACAGUGCAUGUAAACUGUUGCUACAUGUAUUGUCACUGUUCUUACUGGAAGUUUUAUUUCAAGAUCUGCACAAGAAUUAGCACACAGCAUGGAUGGAUCAGCAAAGGAUGCUAGAUUAGCUGUACUGCAAGUGAAAGCAGGCAAUAUUUAUUGUGUUAAACAUUAUUGGUGUGUUCUUCCCAGUGUUACAGAAAAUGAACUAAAACGUUAUUCAAAGAGCUGUUACCUUUUGGAAAGUCAUUGUACAAUUCCAAAUUUCCCCUUUUUGAGCAUGUUUCCUCCCAACACUCUGAAAGGUACAGUCCCAUCGUUUGAAUUAUCUAACAAGUAACUGAUGAAAUUAUUGUUGAAAAGCAUACUUGGUUUUAGCAUGUUAUGGGACUAAACUCCUUGUGAAAUUAUUCUUGUUGGCAACCUUGUCAUUUUGAGGAAAACUACGAAAGGCCAUCCCAAUGCAUCUAAAGACCCAUUUUUGGAAAAUUGCCAUUAAAGCAUGCACCAGCAUUGACACAACAUGCGUGCACACGUAGUUACUAUACUUCGUUAGUUCAUCAGUGCAUGACAUCACAGAGCUGAAUUUGAUUGAACAUGAAAAUUUGUCCCAGACGCUGGAUUCAGGAGCAAUUUAAAACUUCUUGAUUCAGUGAGUUUUGAUUUGAAAUUGAAAUCCUAGAAACUUGUUUUUCUCAGAGUGUUUUUCUCAGUAUUCACCAAACUGAAAGUUCAGUGGGUUUGCUCUUGGGCACUCUUCUUUAGAGUUUGAGUCAUUUUGUCGCCACAAAGGAACACAGUGCAAAAAUGUAAAAUGAUGGACCAUACAUGUAUAUGUAUAUGUAACUUUAAGGUGGGUUGAAGCAAAACAAUAAUUAUAUUGUGCAUCACACUGGUAAAAAGUAGUUGACCAGUGGUUGAACUAUACUUGUAUGCAAUGUAAAUGUACAUGUAGUUCAUGCCUGGACUUACUCUUAUAUACAUGUAUUCUUGAAAUCUGAAGAACAACUGCACAUGUGCAGGUACAUGUACGUACAUGUGCAUACCAGUACAUGUAAAUCUCUGGUUGCUAAUGGUAUUAAACGUAGAAUACUUUCUUCACUUUACUCAUGUACAUGUACCUUUGGCUUUUAGAAUUUGGGGGUACACCAUGUUAUAAUUUUUUAGCAUGCAUGAGAAGUUGUAUUAAUUGUAUCGCAUGAUUCAUUGUCAGCCAGUCAUCAGAUGCCCUGUCAGCCAAUCAAAGGCCAGAAUCUAUGGAUGAAGAGGUAUCCACCCAAAUACUCAAUACUGUCAAGACCUUAUCGUCAAGCCCACUUCUGAACAAAAAAUAAAAGAAACUGGAAAACUUAACUUGGGUUCACCUAAGUGCAAAAGGAGAAACAA